GUAGUUGCAAUUGAGAGUUCGACCCGCGAGGUUAGUGCUACCAACGCAAUCGCCGCAUGAUGAUGCACUCCAGAAACAGUUCGUGGACUCUGACGCUGCUGGCGCUGGGUGUGGUCCUGUCCACUGCAGCCCAGGAUGUGUCCAGAUCGAACCGGAUUGCCGUGCCGGGGGAGCCGCUCUACUAUCUGAUGGCGGAUGCGGGUCCCUUGGUGACCCCGAAUGAGUCGCUGAAGCGCACCAACCGCUCGCUGCUCAAGUGGUGGGAUGAUCUCUUCCCCCGCAACAACUGCUGCAACAACAACAAUAACAACAACUGCAACAACAAUAACAAUCUGGUGUAUCCGCCAGCUCCACUGCUCCCCGCGCCCGCUGUGCCCAACAACUGCAACGGGCUGCAGCUGCAAGAUCUGGAUCCCUUCAAGCAGAUGAAGCUCUUCAAGAAACUACCCGAUCUGUUUCCCACACCCAGUCCCUGUGGCCAGUGCGGCGGCGGCUGUGGCCAGAACAACUACGUGGCACCGGUGCCACAGAGUCCUUCCUACGGCGGUGGUGGUUACGGAGUCCUGCCCAAUCCCGAGUACGAUGGCCCCGGCGAUGGCGAUGCGGGCUAUGUAGCGCCGGCAGCUCCUGCCUACGAAGCACCGGUAGCACCUGCUCCCGCCUACGAAGCUCCUGCACCACCAGCUCCUGCUUACCAAACUCCAGCACCACCAGCUCCUGCCUACGAGGCUCCAGCACCACCAGCUCCUGCCUACGAGGCUCCAGCACCACAGGCACCUUCUUACGAAGCACCAGCACCACAGGCACCUUCCUACGAAGCACCAGCAGCUGAUUACAAUGCUCCGGCUGCACCAGCUCCCGCCUAUGAGCCACCAGCACCGAGCUACUCCCAACCACAGGCUACACCCGAAGUCUAUGGCAAGGGACAGGGGUACAGCCAGCCGGCACAGCCAAGUUACGUGGCAGCACCACCGGCACAGAUCCUUUACCAACCCAUCAUCUAUCUCACCACUCCACUGGCAUCGAAGUCAUCCGCCCAGGUGGAGUAUGAUGGUCAGACAUAUGCCACUCCAAUAGCACCAGCUCCACUGCCACCAGCUUCCGUUUACGAAGCGCCAUCGCAGAGUUGCUACCAACCGGCGGCGCCACCUGCCCCAAACUAUGCCACGCCCCCGUGCCAAACGCCCAUCCGCCUCUCACUCAUCGACCAGCCGUAUCGAGUGGCUCCGGAACUGUUCGAGGAAUACAACUACCGCCUGGCCCUGGGCUCCCAGAAUCUUUUGUAG